AUGCGCAUUUCUUUCGCAUCUUUAUUAGUGACGAAUAUAUGUCAACUUUGGAUGUUCACAUACAGUUGCAGUAACAUGACGCAUGCAAGUGUAAACGUUACUUCAGCAGCGUAUGGAUCCCCUUGGACGAAUCAGUCCAUGGAUAAAUUUGGAAAAAUGAUACGAAAAGAUGUGCAGUUUGUCAUUAUGAGGUCGUCACGAGCCUGUUACGUAAAUGCUUGGCGAUUUUUUCCUAUUUCCCUUGAAACAUUUACUAAGAUAAUGAGCACCGCAAUGUCGUAUUUCACGAUAUUGAAACAGAAUACAUUGGAUGCAGCAAAUACAUAAUUUCGUAGUCGAUAAAUGCUUGAAAAUGAAUAAAAUACUAUAUAAUUGGCA